GGGCUGAGGCUCCCGCCGACGCGCCAGCCCCAGCGGUCCCCGCCGGCCGGGCAGUCGCAGCCGCGCUCGGGCCGGCGGGCGCUCGCCGCGGCUCACCAUGCAUUGCCACGCGGAGCUGAGGCUGAGCUCGCCCGGCCAGCUCAAAGCAGCCAGGCGGCGCUACAAGACUUUCAUGAUCGACGAGAUCCUCUCCAAAGAGACCUGCGACUACUUUGAGAAACUUUCCCUCUACUCGGUUUGCCCGUCGCUGGUCGUGCGACCCAAGCCCCUGCAUUCUUGUACUGGCCCCGCUUCCCUUCGGGCCUAUCCUCUCCUCUCGGUCAUCACCCGGCAGCCCACAGUCAUCUCUCAUCUGGUCCCUGCCACCCCUGGAAUCACCCAGGCAUUGUCACGCCACCCGGCCCCAGAGGCUCCUUCUGCUGAGACCCCAGGUGGCGAGGCUCUGGGCAGCAGUGAGUCGGAGACAGAGCAGCCCACCCCCCGGCAGAAGAAGCCCCGCCGGAGCCGCACCAUCUUCACCGAGCUGCAGCUCAUGGGCUUGGAGAAGAAAUUCCAGAAGCAGAAGUACUUGUCCACCCCAGACAGGUUGGACUUGGCCCAGUCUCUGGGACUCACUCAACUGCAGGUGAAGACUUGGUAUCAGAACCGUAGGAUGAAAUGGAAGAAAAUGGUUCUCAAAGGUGGACAGGAAGCACCCACAAAACCCAAAGGUCGCCCCAAGAAGAACUCCAUCCCCACAUCAGAGGAGAUUGAAGCUGAAGAGAAGAUGAACAGUCAGGCCCAGAGCCAGGAGCACCAUGAGCCCUGCCAGGGACAGGAGGAGCUCUGUGACGCCCAGGAACCCAAAGCGCCUGAUGUCCCCUUAGAGGCAGCUGAGCCCGCAGGCCAGUCCCCAGAGCUGCCCAUAGCCUCUUCUUCGGAACCCCCACCAUCAAGCUAAAAUAAAACUCUUUGGGGGGAAAAGGGAAGAUGGGAAGAAGGGGAAGAGACAAGGCAGGGAGAAUAGGGAAAGAAUAACUUCCAAAUGCUGAGUAAACUGGGGAGAAGAGAACAACUUGUCCCCCUCCCUCCACAGUUCUCAGUGGCAUUUUCACUGCAAGCAUUUGAAGACUUGCUUGCCUUAGGCCUUUCUCUGCUUUAGCCACAGGGAUGCCCUUGAUUAAGGGAGACAGUGCCUUGGAACUGCCUGCUCCAGCUGGGGUGACAACUUGGGGCUGGGUACCAGAGGCCUGCCCACAUUGCAAGCCCCACCUUGGUGUGCAAUGGGGGGCAUGCUUGCUUGCUCCCUGCCAGCGCCCCCCCGGGCAGCCAAUCAUCAAAGCAAAGAGAUAUGGAGGUGCAUGGGCAGCAAGCCCAGGUUCCUUGCUGAUUCAGCACUUAUUUCUGUAGUUCUUAAAAGAGAAUUUAUUGUUUUUGGUUGUUGCUUUUUUGUG